UCGCGAGUGCAUAUGAAGUGUGUACGAGGUGGGCGAGAGCGAGACCUGCUUGAAUGAUCACGUAAAUCAAGCCUCGGUUUCUAACCCAGCUCUUCUGAUCAGUAGAAUCAAGUUUCUAAUUCCUUAAAUUCACCCAGCAAAGCCCUAAAUUUUGUACAGUUCUAAUAAGUAGCAAGUAGAGAAGCAAAAUUUCGCAGAAAUUUAGCCCUAGAAUCAGCAGGUUCAAGUUCAAGUUCAACUAGAAACGUUGUUUGGCGUUCGCUUCGAAAUUUAAUCAGAGCAAAACUAGGGUUCAUCCAGUCAUGAGUCCUAUUCAGAAUUUCGAGCAGCAUUCUCGCCAUCUCAUGGAACCCGACAUCCCUAUUCAAAACAGGCUUCAAAUGGCGAUGGAGGUCCGGGAUAGUUUAGAGAUAACACACACAGGGGAAUACUUGAACUUCUUGAAGUGUUACUUCCGCCCCUUUUCUGGGAUUCUCUAUCAGAUAACAAAGCCACAGUUUACUGACAACCCUGAGCAUAAGCUGCGAAACAUUAUCAUUGAAAUCCUCAAUCGCCUUCCUCACAGUGAGGUCCUUAGGCCUUUUGUUCAAGAGCUAUUAAAAGUUGCAAUGCAUGUCCUUACCACUGACAAUGAGGAAAACGGCUUGAUUUGCAUUCGCAUCAUUUUCGAUCUUUUGAGGAACUUCAGACCAACCCAAGAAACUGAAGUGCAGCCUUUCCUUGACUUUGUGUGCAAAAUUUACCAAAACUUUAGACUCACAGUUAGCCAUUUUUUUGAAAGUGGGGCAGUUGUAGCUCCAGCAAUGCCACCACCAUCAUCAAUGUCAGCAUUACCUUCCCUUGGCAAUGAAGAUGUUAAGCCCAUGGAGAUUUCUGAUCAAGUUGGAUCUUCCAGUGCCACAAGCACGGGGGCUGGGCAGCUUAAUCCAAGUACUAGAUCUUUCAAGAUUGUGACAGAGAGUCCUUUGGUGGUUAUGUUUCUGUUUCAGUUGUAUAACCGCCUUGUCCAGACUAAUAUACCUCAGUUGUUGCCUUUGAUGGUGGCUGCUAUCUCAGUCCCAGGUCCUGAAAAGGUUCCACCUCAUUUGAAGACCCACUUCACUGAGCUAAAAGGGGCUCAAGUUAAGACUGUCUCUUUCCUGACUUACCUUUUGAAGAGCUUUGCUGAUUAUAUUAGGCCACAUGAAGAAAGCAUUUGUAAAAGCAUUGUGAACCUGCUUGUUACUUGUUCAGACUCCGUUUCCAUUAGAAAGGAAUUGUUGAUAGCAUUAAAACAUGUUCUUGGAACGGAUUUUAAACGGGGUUUAUUUCCUCUGAUUGAUACACUAUUGGAAGAGAGGGUUCUUGUGGGAAUUGGCCGGGCUUGUUUUGAGACACUAAGGCCAUUGGCUUAUAGUCUCUUGGCAGAAAUCGUUCAUCAUGUUCGUGGAGAUCUCUCAUUGUCACAGCUGUCACGGAUUAUCUACCUAUUCUCGAGUAAUAUGCAUGACGCUUCAUUAUCUCUCAGCAUCCACACCACAUGUGCACGCUUAAUGUUGAAUCUGGUGGAGCCAAUUUUUGAGAAAGGUGUUGAUCUGCCAUCCAUGGAUGAAGCCAGGAUUUUGUUGGGGAGGAUAUUGGAUGCUUUCGUUGGGAAAUUUAGCACCUUUAAGCGUAGUAUUCCUCAGCUCCUGGAAGAUGGAGACGAAGGAAAGGAUCGGUCCACCUUAAAGUCAAAACUUGAGCUGCCAGUGCAGGCUGUUUUAAACAUUCAGGUUCCUGUAGAACAUUCCAAAGAAGUCAGUGACUGUAAACAUCUGAUCAAGACCUUGGUUAUGGGAAUGAAAACAAUAAUCUGGAGCAUCACACAUGCACAUCUACCUCGAUCACAGGUUUCACCUUCCACUCAUGGGACACCACCACAGAUGCUUCCAACAACCCCACCUAAUUCAUCCACAGGCCAACCAUUCAAAGGUCUGAGAGAAGAAGAGGUAUGGAGAGCUUCUGGUGUCUUGAAGAGUGGGGUCCGCUGCUUGGCUCUCUUCAGAGAAAAAGACGAAGAGAGAGAAAUGAUCCAUCUCUUCUCCCAAAUCUUAGCCAUCAUGGAGCCUCGAGACCUGAUGGACAUGUUCUCCUUAUGCAUGCCAGAACUUUUCGAAUGCAUGAUAUCCAACACACAGCUCGUGCAUAUCUUUUCAACUCUCUUACAAGCACCUAAAGUAUUCAGACCAUUUGCAGAUGUCUUGGUUAACUUCCUUGUAAGCAGCAAACUCGAUGUCUUAAAGCAUCCAGACUCCCCUGCUGCAAAACUCGUUUUACAUCUUUUCCGGUUUCUAUUUGGUGCUGUAGCCAAAGCUCCUGCAGAUUGUGAACGUAUUUUACAGCCUCAUGUCCCUGUUAUUGUAGAUGCAUGCAUGCGAAAUGCAAGUGAAGUUGAACGUCCACUUGGCUACUUACAACUUCUUCGCACAAUGUUUCGUGCCUUAGGCGGGGGUAAAUUUGAACUUUUGUUACGAGACUUGAUUCCUACAUUACAACCGUGUUUAAACAUGCUGUUAGCAAUGCUUGAGGGGCCCACAGCUGAAGAAAUGAAAGACCUUUUGUUGGAGCUUUGCUUAACACUCCCUGCUCGGUUAAGCUCAUUGUUACCUCACCUUCCUAGAUUGAUGAAACCGCUUGUAAUGUGUCUUAAUGGAAGCGAUGAGUUAGUGAGUUUAGGGUUGAGAACACUUGAGUUUUGGAUUGAUAGCUUAAAUCCUGACUUUUUGGAACCAAGUAUGGCAAAUGUGAUGUCUGAAGUGAUUUUAGCAUUAUGGUCUCACUUAAGGCCUGCACCUUACCCAUGGGGUGGUAAAUCGUUACAACUACUUGGAAAGUUAGGUGGGAGGAAUAGACGGUUUCUCAAAGAGCCUUUAGCACUUGAGUGUAAGGAGAAUCCUGAACAUGGACUUCGUUUGAUUCUUACUUUUGAGCCUGAAACCCCGUUUUUGGUACCUCUGGAUCGAUGUAUUAAUCUUGCUAUAGCAGCUGUUAUGAACAAGAACAGUUCCAUGGAUGCUUUUUAUCGGAAACAAGCUUUGAAGUUUCUAAGGGUUUGCUUGUCAUCACAGCUUGAUUUGCCAGGUCGUGUGAAUGAUGAUGGAUUAAUAUCUAGACACUUAUCGACUGUUUUGGUCUCAUCGGUUGACCCAUCUUGGAGAAGAUCUGAGGCAUCUGAUGUAAAGACUGACUUGGGGGUGAAGACCAAAACACAACUCAUGGCUGAAAAAUCCGUAUUCAAGAUUCUUCUGAUGACAAUCAUUGCUGCUAGUUCAGAGCCUGAUUUAGUCGACCCAAAGGACGAAUACGUCUCAAAUGUUUGUCGACAUUUCGCCAUCAUAUUCCACUUAGAAAGUUCUUCCCAAAACGCCCCUGUUUCCGCCAUUCCUCUCGGUGGUCCUUUACUCUCAUCAAACACAAGUAACAGUCUAAAACCAAGAAACGGAAACAGUUCCAAUCUAAAAGAGCUCGACCCUCUGAUCUUCCUAGAUGCCCUAGUGGAAGUGCUAGCAGAUGAAAACAGACUCCAUGCAAAAGCUGCUCUUAACGCGCUAAACGUGUUCUCAGAAACCCUUCUCUUACUAGCCCGCUCCAAACACGCUGAUGUCAUCAUGUCAAGAACGGGUCCCGGUACUCCUAUGAUUGUCUCUAGUCCUUCCAUGAGUCCAGUUUAUUCACCUCCUCCUAGUGUCAGAGUCCCGAUAUUUGAUCAGUUACUACCUCGUUUACUACACUGUUGUUAUGGAAGUUCAUGGCAAGCUCAAAUGGGUGGUGUUAUUGGUCUUGGUGCUUUAGUGGGAAAGGUGACAGUUGAAACUUUAUGUGUUUUUCAAGUGCGUGUAGUACGUGGACUUGUGUUUGUUCUCAAAAGACUCCCGAUUUAUGCUGCAAAAGAAUUGGAGGAAACUAGUCAGGUACUCACUCAAGUGCUUAGAGUGGUGAAUAAUGUUGAUGAAGCAAACAGUGAAGCGCGGAGACAAAGUUUUCAAGGAGUGGUUGAGUUUCUUGCCUCAGAGUUAUUAAGUACAAAUGCAACUGUGAAAGUCAGUAAAAUAGUACAAUCAUGUUUGGCUCUUUUAGCUAGUAGAACCGGUAGUGAAGUGUCCGAGUUGCUUGAACCGUUGUAUCAGAAUUUGCUUCAGUCUCUUCUAAUGCGUCCUUUGAGGUCAAAAAACGUUGACCAACAAGUUGGGACUGUGACAGCUUUGAAUUUUUGUCUUGCCUUGAGACCACCUCUUCUUAAGUUGACUCCUGAAUUAGUCAACUUUCUUCAAGAGACAUUACAGAUUGCUGAAGCUGAUGAGACUGUGUGGGUUGCUAAGUUUAUGAACCCGAAAGUUGCCAUGUCAUUGACUAAACUCCGUACAGCUUGCAUUGAACUGCUGUGUACAGCAAUGGCAUGGGCAGAUUUCAAGACUCAAAAUCACUCUGAGCUAAGGGCAAAAAUCAUUUCCAUGUUUUUUAAGUCCUUAACAAGCAGGACCUCUGAAAUUGUAGCUGUUGCUAAAGAGGGUUUGCGACAGGUAAUUUUGCAGCAACGAAUGCCUAAAGAGCUUCUACAGAGCAGCCUGAGGCCUAUACUAGUUAACCUAGCACAUACCAAGAACCUCAGUAUGCCUCUUUUGCAAGGUCUGGCCCGUUUACUGGAGCUUUUAUCCAAUUGGUUUAAUGUGGCAUUGGGAGGCAAACUUUUGGAGCAUCUAAAAAGAUGGUUGGAACCAGAAAAGCUUCAACAGAUUCAAAAAUCUUGGAAAAGUGGCGAAGAACCAAAAAUAGCAGCUGCUAUCAUCGAGCUUUUUCACUUACUACCGAAUGCAGCUGGGAAGUUCCUUGAUGAACUUGUAACCUUGACUAUUGAUUUAGAAGGAGCCCUGCCACCUGGCCAGUUUUAUAGUGAGAUCAACAGUCCUUAUCGUCUCCCACUUACAAAGUUCUUAAAUCGUUACCCACAAGCUGCUGUUGAUUAUUUUCUUGCCCGAUUAUGCGAACCAAAAUAUUUCCGCAGGUUAAUGUACAUCAUAAGAUCGGAUGGUGGCCAGCCCUUAAGAGAAGAGCUUGCCAAGUCACCAGAAAAGAUACUCUCAAGUGCAUUCCCUGAGUUCAUUCCCAAAACUGAGGCAUCAGAAACUCCAUUAGGGGGUGAUGACAACAACACUCAACCUCAAGCUGCCCCAAGUGUACUACCAGAUGCUUAUUUCCAGGGUCUUGCUCUUAUAAAAACAUUGGUCAAACUCAUGCCUGGCUGGUUACAGAGUAACCGUAUUGUGUUUGAUUCAUUGGUUCUUUUGUGGAAGUCACCUGCAAGGAUAACUCGCCUUCAGAAUAAGCAGGAACAAAGUUUGGUGCAGGUGAAAGAGAGCAAAUGGCUGGUCAAAUGUUUCUUGAACUAUUUACGCCAUGAUAAGACAGAAGUCAAUGUGCUGUUUGAAAUCUUAUCGAUCUUUUUGUAUCAUACGCGCAUUGAUUUUACCUUUCUGAAGGAGUUUUAUAUCAUUGAGGUGGCUGAGGGGUAUCAACCGAGUAUGAAGAAGACCCUCCUUUUGCACUUCUUAAACAUCUUCCAAUCAAAACAAAUGGGUCAUGAUCAUGUGGUUGUCAUCAUGCAAAUGCUGAUUCUUCCAAUGCUUGCUCAUGCAUUUCAGAAUGAACAAACAUGGGAGGUUAUAGAUACUGCUAUCAUCAAAACAAUUGUUGACAAGCUUCUCGACCCUCCAGAAGAGGUCUCUGCUGAGUAUGAUGAGCCUCUGAGAAUCGAGCUACUACAACUUGCUACAUUACUUCUCAAGCAUCUCCAGACCGACCUUGUUCAUCAUAGGAAAGAACUCAUUAAAUUUGGGUGGAAUCACCUCAAACGUGAAGAUAGUGCUAGUAAGCAGUGGGCCUUUGUGAACGUGUGCCACUUCUUGGAGGCCUAUCAAGCUCCAGAAAAGAUUAUACUGCAGGUGUUUGUUGCCCUUCUCAGAACUUGCCAGCCAGAGAACAAAAUGUUGGUCAAACAAGCCCUUGACAUAUUAAUGCCAGCUCUUCCUCGAAGAUUGCCACUUGGCGAUAAUUCCCGUAUGCCAAUCUGGAUACGCUACACAAAAAAGAUUCUCGUGGAAGAAGGCCACUCAAUUCCAAAUCUUAUCCACAUUUUCCAGCUCAUCGUUCGCCAUUCAGAUCUUUUCUACAGUUGUAGGGCCCAGUUUGUACCUCAAAUGGUCAACUCUCUCAGUCGCCUUGGUUUACCAUACAACACCACUUCAGAAAACCGGCGUCUUGCAAUUGAACUUGCAGGGUUGGUAGUCAACUGGGAGAGACAAAGACAAAAUGAGAUGAAAAUAGUCAAUGAUGAAGGCACAAGUCAGAAUAAUGAUGGAUCAAACCUUGGCAACACUAAUGCUGACACCAAGCGUCCAAUGGAUGGACCUGGAACAGCUGGACCGGGACCCGCAUUUCCUGACGAUCCAACUAAGCGAUUAAAAGUCGAGCCUGGUCUUCAAUCUCUCGGUGUCAUGUCGCCAGGUGGCCCCUCUUCAAUUCCAAAUAUAGAAACACCUGGAUCCGCUGGACAACCAGAUGAGGAGUUUAAACCUAAUGCUGCAAUGGAGGAAAUGAUAAUCAAUUUUCUAAUAAGAGUGGCAUUGGUGAUAGAGCCGAAAGACAAGGAAACAAGUCUCAUGUAUAAGCAAGCUCUAGAGCUUUUAUCACAAGCUCUAGAGGUGUGGCCGAAUGCUAAUGUUAAAUUCAAUUACUUAGAGAAGCUUCUAAGCAGCAUUCCACCAACUCAAUCAAAAGACCCUUCAACAGCUCUAGCACAGGGUUUGGAUGUCAUGAAUAAAGUCUUGGAAAAACAACCACAUUUGUUCAUCCGUAACAAUAUCAUUCAUAUUUCUCAAAUUCUCGAACCCUGUUUCAAGUACAAAAUGCUAGAUGCUGGAAAGUCAUUGUGUUCUUUGUUGAAGAUGGUUUUUGUAGCUUUCCCUUCAGAAGCUUCUAGCACCCCACAGGAUGUGAAAGCAUUGUACCAAAAAGUUGAGGAGCUUAUACAGAAGCAUCUUGCAUCUGUUGCAGCUCCUCAGACAGCUGGUGAAGAUAACUCUGCUUCAAUGAUUAGCUUUGUGUUGUACAUCAUACAAACAUUAGCAGAAGUACAAAAGAAUGUAAUCGAUCCAUUCAAUUUGGGUCGUGUUCUUCAACGUCUAGCACGUGAUCUAGCAUCUGCACCUGGGUCUUAUUCAAGACAGGGACAAAGAACAGAUCCAGAUUCUGCAGUGAGUUCUUCUCGUCAAGGUGCUGAUGUUGGAGUGGUGGUUGCCAACCUUAAAUCUGUUUUAAAACUCAUUGGUGAAAGGGUCAUGCUUGUACCUGACUUCAAAAAGUCCAUAACUCAGAUUCUAAAUUCUUUGCUGUCUGAGAAAGGAACUGAACAUACAGUGUUGUUAUGCAUCCUUGAUGUGAUUAAAGGAUGGAUUGACAAAGAUUUUGGCAUGUCUGGAAUGGCUUCGAAUUCUGUUUCUUUUCUUUCUCCAAAGGAAGUCGUAUCUUUUCUUCAAAAGCUUUCACAGGUUGAUAAACAGAACUUUUCUCCAACCUCUCUUGAAGAAUGGGACAAGAAGUAUCUCGACCUUCUCUAUGGGCUUUGUGCUGAUGCAAAUAAGUAUCCAAUUUCCUUGCGACAAGAAGUGUUUCAGAAGGUGGAGAGACAGUUUUUACUAGGUUUAAGAGCGAAAGAUCCUGAAAUGAGGAUGAAGUUUUUCUCCCUUUACCACGAAUCUCUUCAGAAGACACUCUUCACCCGUUUGCAAUAUAUUAUUCAAGUUCAAGACUGGGAAGCUUUGAGUGAUGUCUUCUGGCUAAAACAAGGCCUUGAUCUUCUUCUUGCCAUUUUAGUCGAGAAUAAACCUAUUACACUUCCUCCAAAUUCUGCCAAGGUUACUUCUCUUCUGGCUGCAGGCUCUCUUCCAGAACAUUCUGGACCACAACCUAUGGUUACUGACACAUCCGAGGUGUCAGAAGAUAACACUCCGUUAACUGUAGAUGCCCUUGUUUCAAAACAUGCCAAGUUUAUGAGUGAAAUGAGCCGACUUCAGGUAGGUGAUCUUGUGAUUCCAUUAAGAGAGCUUGCUCAUACGGAUGCAAAUGUCGCAUAUCAUUUAUGGGUGUUGGUGUUUCCGAUUGUUUGGGUAACUUUAUGCAAAGAUGAACAAGUAAAACUUGCAAAACCAAUAAUCUCUCUUUUAUCAAAAGACUACCAUAAGAAGCAACAAGGUAACAGGCCAAAUGUUGUGCAAGCUCUUCUAGAAGGACUCCAGUUAAGCCACCCGCAACCUCGAAUGCCUAGCGAACUCAUCAAAUACAUCGGUAAAACCUACAACGCAUGGCACAUCGCGCUAAACCUUCUAGAAAGUCACGUGAUGUUGUUCCUUAAUGAAACAAAAUGCUCUGAAUCUCUCGCUGAACUUUACCGUUUGUUAAAUGAAGAAGAUAUGAGAUACGGAUUAUGGAAGAAACGUUCAAUCACAGCUGAAACUAGGGUUGGGUUGUCACUUGUUCAACAUGGUUACUGGCAACGUGCACAAAGUCUAUUUUACCAAGCUAUGGUUAAGGCAACCCAAGGUACUUACAACAACACUGUACCCAAAGCUGAAAUGUGUUUGUGGGAAGAACAAUGGUUGUACUGUGCGAGUCAACUCAGUCAAUGGGAUGUGUUGGCGGAUUUCGGUAAACUCGUUGAUAAUUACGAUAUCUUACUCGAUAGUCUCUGGAAGCAACCGGAUUGGGCGUAUUUAAAAGAUCAUGUAAUCCCAAAAGCUCAAGUUGAAGAAACACCAAAGCUUCGUAUAAUCCAAGCGUAUUUUUCCCUACAUGAGAAAAAUUCAAACGGUGUUGGUGAUGCUGAGAACAUUGUAGGAAAAGGUGUCGACCUUGCUUUGGAACAAUGGUGGCAGUUACCCGAGAUGUCAAUUCAUGCGAGAAUCCCUCUUUUACAACAAUUCCAACAAUUAGUCGAGGUUCAAGAAUCGGCUAGGGUUCUAGUGGAUAUAGCAAAUGGGAACAAACUUUCUGCAAGCUCUUCUGUUGGUGUACACGGAAGUCUAUAUGCUGAUUUAAAGGACAUUCUAGAAACAUGGCGACUCAGAACUCCAAACGAAUGGGAUAAUUUGUCUGUUUGGUAUGACUUGCUUCAAUGGAGAAACGAAAUGUAUAAUUCAGUGAUUGAAGCGUUUAAAGAGUUUGCAACCACAAAUUCUCAACUUCAUCAUCUCGGGUAUCGUGACAAGGCAUGGAAUGUGAACAAACUUGCCCAUAUUGCCCGUAAGCAGAGUCUUCAUGAUGUUUGCGUGUCUGUUUUGGAAAAAAUGUAUGGGCAUUCCACUAUGGAAGUACAAGAAGCUUUUGUGAAAAUCAGGGAACAGGCGAAAGCGUAUUUGGAAAUGAAGGGGGAGCUUACAAGUGGUUUGAAUCUAAUCAACAGUACUAAUCUCGAAUACUUUCCUGUGAAACACAAAGCGGAAAUCUUCCGUAUCAAAGGAGAUUUUUUGUUGAAACUACACGAUUGUGAAGGGGCGAAUCUUUCGUAUUCGAAUGCGAUUAGUCUUUUCAAAAACCUCCCGAAAGGGUGGAUAAGCUGGGGGAACUACUGUGACAUGGCGUUCAAGGAGACACAUGAUGAGAUUUGGUUGGAAUACGCAGUGAGUUGUUUUCUUCAAGGAAUCAAAUUCGGAAUCCCCAAUUCCAGAAGCCAUUUAGCUCGUGUACUCUACCUUCUCAGUUUCGACACUCCAAAUGAACCUGUGGGAAGAGCUUUUGACAAAUACGUUGACCAAAUCCCACAUUGGGUCUGGCUUUCUUGGAUCCCACAGCUUUUACUCUCUUUACAAAGAUCCGAAGCCCCACAUUGCAAACUCGUGUUACUAAAAGUUGCUACCGUAUACCCUCAGGCUUUGUAUUACUGGCUGCGAACGUAUUUACUCGAAAGGCGUGAUGUGGCGAACAAAUCUGAAUUUGGUAGAAUGGCAAUGCAACAGCAACAGCAAAGAAUGCAACAAAACAUGGCUGGACCUUCUUCAAACUCAGAAAACCAGAUUCCUCAAGGAAGUCAGUCAGCAGGUGGUGGUGGUGUUCAAUCCCAUGAUGGAGGAGGCAACUCUCAAGGUCAAGAACCUGAAAGAACAUCAGUUCCUGAAGGCAAUGUCUUAGGAGGAAACGAACAAAAUCUCCAACAAAACCCUUCAGCCAUGACUGAAGGUGGUCAGAAUGCUAUAAGGCGGAACUAUGCCAUGGGGUUGGUUGCUUCUGCCGCCAGUGCAUUCGAUGCUGCAAAAGAUAUCAUGGAGGCACUCAGAAGCAAGCACACAAACUUAGCCAGUGAACUCGAGAGUUUGCUAACGGAGAUUGGUUCGAGAUUUGUGACACUACCUGAAGAGCGAUUACUAGCUGUUGUUAAUGCUCUGUUACAUCGUUGCUACAAGUAUCCUACUGCUACAACAGCAGAGGUUCCUCAGUCUCUUAAAAAGGAGCUUUCGGGUGUUUGUAGGGCUUGUUUUUCAGCAGAUGCUGUUAACAAACAUGUUGAGUUUGUGAGAGAAUACAAGCAGGAUUUUGAACGCGAUCUUGAUCCAGAAAGCACUGCUACAUUUCCAGCUACUUUAUCUGAUCUGACUGAAAGGUUAAAGCACUGGAAAAACAUUCUUCAGAGUAAUGUCGAAGAUCGGUUCCCUGCUGUUUUGAAAUUGGAAGAAGAGAGCAGAGUGUUGCGUGACUUCCAUGUUGUUGAAGUCGAGGUUCCAGGACAGUACUUCACAGAUCAAGAAGUUGCACCUGAUCACACUGUGAAGCUAGACAGGGUCGGAGCCGAUAUUCCAAUCGUACGCAGACACGGAAGCAGUUUCCGUCGUUUGACUCUCAUAGGCUCAGACGGGUCCCAGCGCCACUUCAUCGUCCAAACAUCUCUCACUCCAAACGCACGAAGCGACGAAAGAAUCUUACAGCUUUUCCGUGUCAUGAACCGCAUGUUCGACAAACACAAAGAAUCCCGCCGUCGCCACAUCAGCAUCCACACCCCAAUCAUCAUCCCUGUCUGGUCUCAGGUUCGAAUGGUGGAAGAUGACUUGACAUACAGCACCUUUCUAGAGGUCUAUGAAAACCACUGUUCUAGAAACAACAAAGAAGCCGACCAACCAAUUGCGUACUUUAAGGAACAGUUAAACCAAGCGAUCUCGGGUCAAAUAUCACCGGAAGCUGUAGUGGAUCUCCGUCUCCAAGCGUACACCCACAUCACAAAAGACUAUGUUUUUGACAAUAUAUUCUCGCAGUACAUGUACAAAACGCUUCUGAGUGGGAAUCACAUGUGGGCUUUCAAGAAACAGUUUGCGAUACAGCUGGCACUCUCGAGUUUCAUUUCUUUCAUGUUGCAAAUAGGCGGAAGGUCUCCUAACAAGAUUCUAUUUGCGAAAAACACCGGGAAAAUCUUUCAAACGGAUUUCCAUCCGGCUUAUGACGCCAACGGUAUGAUCGAGUUCAACGAACCGGUUCCUUUCCGGUUGACAAGAAAUUUGCAGAUGUUUUUCUCUCAUUUUGGUGUUGAAGGGUUGAUCGUGUCUGCCAUGUGUGCAGCUGCUCAAGCUGUUGUUUCCCCCAAGCAAAGUCAACAUCUGUGGCAUCAUUUAGCCAUGUUUUUCCGUGAUGAAUUGCUGUCAUGGUCAUGGAGGAGGCCACUUGGAAUGCCAUUGGCACCGGUUGUUGGUGGGGGGAGUUUGAACCCUGUUGAGUUUAGACAAAAGAUUACUACAAAUGUGGAGCAUGUGAUUCAGCGGAUCAAUGGAAUUGCACCUCAGUUCAUUUCAGAAGAGGAGGAGAAUUCGGUGGACCCACCGCAGUCGGUGCAAAGAGGUGUGACUGAACUUGUGGAAGCUGCACUUACUCCAAGAAACUUGUGCAUGAUGGAUCCAACGUGGCAUCCAUGGUUUUGAAUUUAGGAUGGAGGGCUGUAAUCUAAUCUCGUAUAUAAUAAAGCCUUCUGUACAUAUGCAACUAAAAACCCUUUGUUAGGGCUCAUCUUACUUAACUCUAUUAUGAUUGACUGGGAAAUCAUGGACUAAUCUCAACAACACAAUAGUUUUCAACA